GUCUGAGCCAAUCAUUUCGCUUCAUAUUCGCAGGGAGGUUGGUAGGCAGACCUGUGACAUUCAUCGUUCUCAUGUCUGUGUCAGCUGUGUAAAUAUCUUAAAAUGAACAUUAUAUUGUCUCCUUUUUCCCGAUUGCGUGGAAUCACUCAUCUCACCAGCAUUCCUGCAGGGAACCUUGCUGUGACUCACAUCUCUCACCUCAGAUCAUUCAGUAACUGGAUUGUGCCCAGACCAGCUAUAGGACCUCAGAUUCUCAGAUGUGGGCCGCUUUCUUCGCAAGCUGAGGGGUCAGGAGUGUUCCAGCAGCUUCCGUGGCAAUACCAGCAGGUACGGACAAAGAAGAGAGGAACAGAAUACCAGCCUAAAAACAUCAAACGCAAGAGGACCCAUGGCUGGAUCAAGAGGAUGAGCUCACAAGGCGGCAUUGAGGUGGUCCUACGGCGCAUGCUGAAAGGACGGAAAUCACUCUCACACUGAAGGUUCCUAUUGGAAAGCCUUCAGGAAACAGACUUUUGAUCCAUUGAAUGCAUUGUGUUAACUGGUGAUACUGGGUGUGUGCUGGGUUUGGCACUCUGAAUGCAGCAGUAGGUAGGAGACUGAAAAGUGGUAUUUUGUUGAACAAGUUUGCCUACAUUCAAAAGGAGCCUGUUAGUAGAUAGCAGAAAGGAAGAAGAAGUGUGUCUUUUAAAAAUCUGUCAUCUUAUUUGUUCUCAAAUGAAAACACAAAUUGUGGUUAACCUGGAAAUAAAAAACAUCCCAGCAGAA